AUGCCUAUCUAUCUAUCUAUCUAUCUAUCUAUCUAUCUAUCUAUCUAUGUCUUUUAUUCAUGUCUAUCUAUCAAUCUAUCUACCUCUCCAAGUUUGUUCACAUAUUUAUCGAUCUAUCUAUCUAUCACUUUCCUUAUAUCUAUCUCAGUCUGGUCAAAUCUGCCUAUUUAUCUAUCUAUCAAUCGAUCUCACUUUAUUCGUAUCUAUCAAUCUAUCUACCUUUCAAAGUUUGUUUACAUCUAUCUAUCUAUCUAUCUCACUUUCUUUAUAUCUAUCUCAGUCUGCUCAUAUCUGUCUAUCGAUCUAUCUCAGUUUAUUUAUAUCUAUCAAUCUAUCUACCUCUCAAAGUUUGUUAACAUCUAUCUAUCUCACUUUCUUUAUAUCUAUCUCAGUCUGCUUAUAUCUAUCUAUCUAUCUAUCGAUCUAUCUCAGUUUAUUCAUAUCUAUCUAUCGAUCUGUACACCUCUCCAAGUUUGUUCACAUCUAUCCCUCUCACUUUCCUUAUAUCUAUCUCAGUCUGGACAUAUCUAUCUAUCUAUCGAUCGAUCUAUCUAUCUCAGUUUAUUCAUAUCUAUCUAUCGAUCUAAUUCUCUACCUCUCCAAGUUUGUUCACAUCUAUCUAUUUAUCUAUCUAUUUAG